UUCAAAGCUUCUUAUCUUUCUUCUCUGUAUUUCUAAAAUUUUAAUUUUGUUAACCACUGUCAUGAAUCAUUGACCUUUCUCCUCUGCUCAUCUCAGCUUGCUUUUUGUAACUGACCCCAUGAAAUGAUUGUUUCUUUUAUCUUAAGAGUUUGAACUUUAAAGGCUCUCUCCUGCUCUCCGUGCAACUGUUCCUCUUCUUUAUUAAAUAAAGCAGCCGGAUAAACCAAAAGCCCCGAGCGGAGAGAAUUCAAACAGAAAGAGAAAGAUGUUUCAAAAAUAGAGAGAAGGAAGAGAAUGCUUCGAUUGUUUUCUCCUUCCCUCUUACUUUGGCUUCCUUCCAACAUUUCGAGAGAGUUGCUUUGUCUCUAAUGGAAAGGAAGAGACAGAUAAGUCCUACACACGUCGCUUUCCUCCUCUUCUUUCUCUUCCCAUCUCUCAACAAUUGCAGAGUCCUUCCUCGGCAAUUGCAAGCAAGUUCUUCCCCUCCCGUGCUUAUGGCGCCAUCUCCCACAGAUAGUCAGACGGUUACGGAGGUCCAGCAUAACCAUUUUGAUAAAGAUCUCAUCAUUUUCGUCUCCUUGUCCGCGCUUGCUGUUAUUGCAAUAGCUCUAUCUGCCAUUAUUGCUUGGAUCUCGUGCCGAAAGCAUCACAAAGAUUCUACCCUUAAAGGGCUUUCCUUAACUCCAGUUUUUAGCAAGUUGAGCUCAUUGAAGAUUGUGCACAAAAAGGAAGUUGUUGAAAUGAUUGAUUAUUCAUUGCUGGACUCUGCCACAAAUCAUUUCAGCGAGGAUAAUAUCUUGGGCGAGGGGGGAUUUGGCUGUGUAUACAAAGCUAGCUUCAACGAAGGCAGUGUUGCUGCUGUGAAGAAAUUAGAUGGUGGUGGGAUGGAAUAUGAGAGAAUGUUUGAUAAUGAGUUGAAUUUUUUUGGAAGAAUCAGACACCCAAAUAUUGUCUCUCUUUUGGGUUAUUGCAUUCAUGGGGAGUCUAGAUUUUUUGUCUAUGAAUUCUUGCCAAAUGGCUCAUUGGAAUCACUGUUGCACGGAUCAUCUCAUGGGUCAUCUUUAACUUGGCAUUUGAGGAUGAAAAUUGCACUUGAUACAGCAAGAGGACUUGAAUAUCUGCAUGAGACUUGCAACCCUCCUGUGAUUCACAGAGAUUUGAAAUCCUCUAACAUUCUUCUAGAUGCUGAGUUCAAUGCCAAGAUUUCAGAUUUUGGACUUGCAAUUAGUGACUGCAACCAAAACAAAGCCAGUGUCAAACUUUCAGGCACAUUAGGUUAUGUAGCUCCGGAGUAUGUUGUAGAUGGAAAGCUUACUGAGAAAAGUGAUGUCUAUGCAUUUGGAGUUGUUCUUCUGGAGCUUUUGUUGGGAAGGAAGCCUGUGGAAAAAAUGUCGCCCUCUCAAAAUCAAUCUAUUGUCACUUGGGCCAUGCCUCAGCUAACUGACCGAUCAAAGCUUCCAAGCAUAGUUGAUCCCAUGAUCCGAGAUACAAUGGACUUGAAACAUCUAUAUCAAGUUGCUGCUGUUGCCGUGCUAUGUGUUCAACCAGAAGCAAGUUACAGGCCAUUGAUAACUGAUGUUCUCCACUCUCUGAUACCGUUGGUGCCUGUUGAGCUUGGAGGAACACUUAAAUUUUCAGAGCCAUCGCCUCAUCGAAACUAAGGCUUCGUUUGGGAUGGCUUUCUUACUGCUUUUUAAAGCAGCUUUUUAGUAUAAAAAUUUUAAUUUUAAAACUAAAAAGCUGUUUUUAAGAAACAAUAAAAAAGCUGUCCCAAAUAAAGCAUAAAUGUUUUCUGAAUGUAAUGUAAUUGUUUUUCCACAUUUUGAGUUGAUCUUUCACAUAUGUUUUUGACGUUGGAAUAUUUGGAGCUUUGUCUAUAUCAUAAAAAAUAGAGAAUGACAGACAUUCUUUUGAUCUUUUUUUA